ACGGUUAGAACAAGCGUUGACAUUCAUUGUUAUGUUUGGUUAUGGAGUUUAAUUAAUCGGUGAAUAAGAAAGACAGACAAACAAAGAAACAGCGACUGCUUUAGUUUGGACACUGACGUUAAAAGAGACGUCGUCAAAUAGCUCGGUCGCGGCAAUAAUGGUAAACGACCUAAUCUAAUCUAAUCUAGGGUUUUCUUUCAGUCAUUCUCUCUCCUCAAAUCGAUUUUUGAAAUUUCACAGCUAUUGAGUGGCUUUUUCAGAUUUUGCGGAGCUUUUGAGUAUACUGAGUCAUAAUGCAGGCAUCAAGGGCAAGGCUUUUCAAGGAAUACAAAGAGGUGCAGCGAGAGAAAGUAGCUGACCCAGAUAUUCAGCUAGCCUGUGAUGAUUCCAACAUAUUUAAAUGGACUGCUCUGAUCAAGGGUCCAUCUGAAACUCCUUUUGAGGGUGGCGUUUUCCAGCUUGCUUUCUCUGUCCCGGAGCAGUAUCCUCUGCAACCUCCUCAAGUGCGGUUCUUAACCAAAAUAUUUCAUCCAAAUGUGCAUUUCAAGACAGGAGAGAUUUGUCUCGAUAUCUUGAAGAAUGCAUGGAGUCCAGCUUGGACAAUCCAGUCUGUCUGUAGGGCUAUAAUUGCUUUGAUGGCCCAUCCAGAACCGGAUAGCCCUCUAAAUUGUGAUUCAGGCAAUCUUCUCCGUUCUGGUGAUAUCCGAGGAUACCAGUCCAUGGCAAGGAUGUACACGAGGCUUGCGGCUAUGCCCAAGAAGAGCUGAAUUAACAUUUCACAUUUGUCUCCUAUUAGUGCUUUGUCAUACGGUGUGCAUAAAUGAUUGUGAUGAAAACACACAUACAAAAUCAAAAUGAACUUUCUAUGUAGAAAAACAAAACUGUAAUUGUUAGUUCUGCUGGUCUUUCUCUCUCUGAUUCUGGAUGUGUACUUAAUUAUUGGAAUAUUAACCUGAUGGUAAGCCAAUAGAAAAAUAGUUAUUUAUUGAAA